AUGCAGCAAAUGCAAGAAAGGAUGCAGAAAAUGGAGAAACAAAUGGAGGAACAAAAGAAAACCGUGCGACUAGGAGUUAUUGCAGAUGUAAUUGCACAACUCAAGCAUGCGGGAUUAAUUGAUUCUAACAUACUGGCAGCAUUGUCCAUUCCUUCACCAAGCGAACCUACUUCUAUUCAAGGGGCUAAGCAAGGUGAUGAAAUCGAAGAAGGCGAUGAAAGCAGUAGUGAAGACUUGACAUAG